AUGUCGGGACCCGGGCUCCGCGCAGCCCCGGCCAGCGCCCGGAGACUAGUGCAUUCCCGGGGGAAGGGUGUUGAAGCCAAUGGCCUGGGCACGGGGGUGAUGGUGGGCUCCGCCGUCUCCUUCAUUUCUUUACACAAUCAAACUCGCCCAGACGGGAGCGACCUGGCCUCGCCCCAGCGCCUCCGGGAGGAGCUGCGAAGUUUCCAGCGAAAGAGGGCCUCCUUCUCUUCCAGAUCUGGGGCCGCGGGGCCGCCGCCCAGCCUCCCGCACCCUCAUCACCAGAUCUGCGCGCAGAGCUCCGAGCCCGAGGGAGGUGCCAUGCGGAGCUCUCCGAGCCGGCGCUCCGUGGCCCGCGCCCUGGUACUGGCCGGCCUCUGGCUGGCCGCAGCCGGGCGCCCCCUGGCCUUCUCGGAUGCGGGGCCGCACGUGCACUACGGCUGGGGCGAGUCGGUUCGCCUGCGGCACCUGUACACCGCGGGCCCGCAGGGCCUCUACAGCUGCUUUCUGCGCAUCCACUCCGACGGCGCCGUGGACUGCGCGCAGGUCCAGAGCGCGCACAGUUUGAUGGAGAUCAGGGCGGUCGCUCUGAGCACCGUGGCCAUCAAGGGCGAGCGCAGCGUGCUGUUCCUCUGCAUGGACGCCGACGGCAAGAUGCAAGGGCUGACCCAGUACUCAGCCGAGGACUGCGCUUUCGAGGAGGAGAUCCGUCCUGACGGCUACAACAUGUACUGGUCCAGGAAGCACCAUCUCCCGGUCUCUCUGAGCAGCUCCAGGCAGAGGCAGCUGUUCAAAAGCAGGGGCUUCCUGCCGCUGUCUCACUUCCUGCCCAUGCUGUCCACCAUCCCGGCCGAACCCGAAGACCUCCAGGAACCCCUGAAGCCUGAUUUCUUUCUGCCCCUGAAAACAGAUAGCAUGGACCCUUUCGGGCUCGCCACCAAACUGGGAUCAGUGAAGAGUCCCAGCUUCUAUAGUUAA